AUGAAUACUAGCAUGAAUGUUUCUCUGAACGUGCCGGUCAAUGUGAAGAUCCUUAAUUAUGCCAAACAGCUCAGUCCCAACAACAUUGUUGACUUACCUGUCACUGAGCUUGUGGAUUCUCAGCUUGCUCUGGUAAUUGAUAGUUACCGAAGAAACGAUUUCAUUGGCGUGUUUAGUCCAAUGGUGAUAAAUUUCUUGACAAAAAAACUUAACAGUAUCUUUAAUCCGGACCAGGAUUUGGAUUCACAUCAGGCACAAGGCCCUUACGGAACUUUGGGUAAGGUCGUAGCCAUAAAUUACGAGAACGGAACCCAGAUUAGCAGUGUCAGGAUUCAAACUUUUGGGAAUAUUAGCGAAGUCGAUUCAAUGAAUGCUAUUUCAGCUACAGUAAUCCCCGGUAAUUUUCCACAACAUCAAAUGAUGAAUCAAACCCAGGGCCCACCAAAUUACACACAAUUAGCAGCACCUCCAGUAAGCAAUGCUAUCACUCCUUACCAACCACAAGACGCUGAUGAAUUAGAAUCCGAAUCCGACUAUGAAUCCGAAUCCGAAUUCGACUCUGACCAGGAAGAAGGGCUCAAGAAGGCUCAUCUUUACUCUACUAAGACCCUUAAAAAUCCAGAUGUUCGGCAUUUAUUAGAGAUGCCUGAUGAACCAAAGAGCCACAUAAAUGCUUUUGAAAGAAACAGAAUUAUCCGCGAAAUAGCUGGUGUCUCACCCAAGAGAAGGGUCAAAAAAUUAUUGAAGAGUGCUAAACGCCAAGAAUACGUUCAACUCGAACAAUCUUUUAAUAAUAUGUCAUUAGCAGAAGUUAAAGAUGGAUUGUACAAUGAGAUCACCAAAUCAUCCUUGUUUCUCAAGGAUAAGACAAAGCCAAAGCUUUUAAAAUACGAUAAUGAUGUUAAAAAGUCACACUUAUCAUCUAUUGGCAAUAAUAAAGGUCAUAAUUACCCGUCAGCAGCAGCGGUUUCCCGUCAUCCCAAACUUCAACUCCCUUAUUUUGGGCUGAAUGCUCAAAAAUACUUACUGGGGCCUACAUCUGCUCAAUAUUCAACAGCUUCUGCUCUUGCUCCUCAAAGAUCUGCUAAGUUACAUAAAUCAAAACCAAAACGUCCAACCAUCACUUGCCUUUUGAUUCCGGUUAGCGAACCUGUGUUUCCAACGCUUUCAAUUCCUGAUCUUCGAAUAAUAAACCCAAUUCAGAAGAAAGCUAUUAUUCAAAUGGCAGAUAAUGACCAACUAAUUGGUCUCUUUUAUAUCAAAGAUUCUCGUUUCAAAUCUUUUGAUAUUAUCACUUCUCCAACUGAUAUUCAUGAAUUUGGGGUUUUAGCUCGUAUCAGUAGCUAUUCGAGCUAUACUGAUGAAGAAACUGGAUUGAAACCAUUACUUGUGUCAUUGAUUACUACUAGUAGUGCUAAGAUAGAGUCUAUUGUUCCCCCAAAGAAAACACUAAAUCAAACAUUGGAUAAGGAAGAGAAUAAUACUUUAAGAGGUCAGAAAGAGCAGAUGAAAGAUUUUCAAACCACCCAGCUUCAGGAUAUGGUAUGUCUUGGAAAUGUGGUUAUGUAUUCUUCGAAGUUUAGUAAACGCGAAAAAGAAGAUAUAGUUGAUACUACGAGGAAGAUUAUCAAAAAGGUUUCUAAGCUAUAUUAUGUAUCUUUAAAGAACACUAAAUGGGCUGUUCCUGAAUUCUCAGAUAAAUAUUUGGAGAUACUUGAGAGGAAUCAUCAUAAUAUGCAUGCGGUUUAUGAAGGUGAUCCUAAGAAUUUUGAUUUUUAUAAAGUUGAAAAUGAUUCCGUGGAGAUGAUUAACAUCAAACUUAAUGUUGUGAUAGAGAUCAUCAAACAUUAUUAUCUUUUGAAAUUUGGCAAACAAGCCGCGGAUGACAGUCUGAUCAAACUCAAAUAUUAUCUCGAAGUUUUACAAAAUGUUGCAGAAAAUUUGAAACUCCAUUCUAAGACGAGUGAUGUGUUGAAUAUAUUGGAAAUGGAACUUGCUAAUACUUCCUCCAAGUUAAUAGCUCCUGGAAGUAAACCAAAUGUCAAAAGAAUUUCUGCCCCAUCCGAUAUUUCACGUCGUCCUGGUACCGCCCGAGGUUUUGAUUUGAUUAGUGACACUGAUUCUAUGGACUCUGAAUCAUCUUCUAUCCAGUCACCAGUUGUUGAGACUCCUGGUGCUAUCAAAAGUCCUCAUGAGGGCUAUCAUAUUAACCUUGAUCGUCAUGGAUCAACUGCUGGAAUCACAUACAUUAAAGAUCUACUGAAUGAAAAAGAGCACUCAGAAAUGGCUCCAGGUGCCACAAAAUUAUCACCAGAAGACAGUAGCGGCACAAAUGAUACCUUACUAUCGUCAUUUAGUGAACAAAAAGUCCUGCAAGGAGAAGAAGGUCCUAUUGGAAAGGACAAAAUUAAUAAUUCUACGUUGAAUUCUGACGGACCAACGAAUAGAAAGCCUGAUGUUAGCCCUAUUAAGUCUGGGGAGCUGAUCAACUAUAAUAGUCCCCCAUUUCAACCAGCGGAUCUAGUAAAUUCAGGUGAUGAUGGCAAUAUCACUCAUGGCAAAAGUAACACCUACUAUAUCACCAACAAUUAUUACUACUCUAAUCCAAGGCAUGUCAGCGAUGGGCUCUCUGCAAGUGAAGAAAUGCUUACCUCCAUAAAGAAUGAUUCCACAGUAACUCCCCACAGACCCGGCGGUCAAAGUUCUGUUUUGACUUCUACACCAACUGCGAAAGUGAGUUAA